GCCUGUCCCUCCCUCUAGCUCUCCCCUCUCUGGAUCGUUGCAUAUAUAAGAGGAACUAAGCACAGAGGCGUCACUUGAAAUCGUCGCUUCGUCUUCAAGAGAAGAGGUUCCGUCUGCAUUGUCAAAUCCAGCGUUCCAGAUUCCAUUCGCCAUGAAGGUGAUUUUGUCGCUCCUCGUCCUGUGCGUCCUCUUGGGAUUAUGCCUGGCAUAUCCUUCACCAUAUCCUGAGGCUGAGGCAGAAGCCGAUCCCCACAGGAGGAGGCACUUCGGCUUUGGUGGUGGCUACGGAGGCUACGGAGGCUAUGGAGGCUACGGAGGCUAUGGAGGCUAUGGAGGUUACGGAGGCUACGGAGGCUACGGAGGCUACGGAGGCUACUGGGGCUAAAGGACUACAACUGGAUCAGUUAGAACCAUUUCGAUGGCCAGAUGUUUCUUUUAGCAAUUGAACUUUAUUUGUUUCCGAUCAUGAAAGAAGGAGGGGAAGAUCCGUGCAACGAUCCCCUCCUGUUUUUGUUCUCGUUUCUAUCCUAUUUCCUUGCCAUCUCUGGAAUUGAAUAAAGUCAACUAAAAUUCA